UCAAAUAGAAUAACAACAAUAGCAACAUAACAACAAAUAAACAUAUCGACUAACUAACAACGUUAAACGCUCGAAGUCAGCGGUCAGCAAAUAAUAACGUCGCAAGAAAAAAUAAAACCAAAACAAUAAUAAAACAGCAGCAACACCAACAACAAAACAAAUUUUAAAGGGUGCUACGUCAUAGAGCAACCAAAAACAACACAAAAAUGUCAUGCGAUAACGCUAAAACCUCCUCAGAUAUAGAGCAUGUAGACUGGAGCACCGGCGGCUCCGGCCAGCACUACGCAAAUGUCAGAUUCGGCUCGGGCAGCAGCCAAGCGUCGCAGAAUAGCGGCGAUAUAUGCCGCAUCUGCCACUGCGAGAGCGAUCCACAGAACCCGCUGCUGACGCCCUGCUACUGUUCGGGCAGCUUGAAGUAUGUGCAUCAGGCGUGCCUGCAGCAGUGGCUGACUGCAUCGGCGACCAACUCCUGCGAGCUAUGCAAGUUCCCCUUCAUCAUGCACACCAAAAUAAAGCCCUUCAAUGAGUGGCGCAGCCUUGACAUCUCCAGCAUUGAGAGGCGCCGGCUCUGCUGUUCGGUGCUCUUCCACUCAGCGGCCGCCUUGUGCGUCAUUUGGUCGCUGUGUGUGCUCAUCGAGCGGGCCGCAGAUGAUGUGAAACGUGGAGUGAUUGAUUGGCCGUUCUGGACAAAGCUGGCCGUUGUUACCGUCGGACUCACUGGCGGCAUUGUCUUCAUGUACAUUCAGUGCAAGGCCUAUCUGCAUCUCUGCCAUCGCUGGAAAGCACUCAACAGGAUUCUGCUCAUUCAGAAUGCACCGGAGAAGAUUCAUCCAUUGGCGCCGCCCUCACCAGUGGCUGCUCAUCAUCAGUUCAGCGAGCGGCAUAGUUCGCUUCAUGGCCAUGGUGCAGUGGAGAUCAACGCCUCGGGUGGCGCAGGUCACUCUGUGCACGAUUCGAGCUGUGGCACCAUGGAGAAUGGCAACUCAACAGGUGUCCAUCAGCAUCAGCAACAAAUGCAGCUUCAGCUGCAGCAGCGUCUGUUGAACGCCUCGCCGCAGCACAUGCUGCAGUUGGACGCAGUGCCGCACAGCAGCAACAGCGCGGGCACCCAGACGGAGGACGCGCACGCACAACGUCUGCAGCAACAGCAACAGUUGCAUGGCCAACAGCUUGGCCAGCAGCUGGGCCAGGUGGCUGUGGCGGCCAACAUUGAGUGCUCGCAGUCGCAACACAAUUACGAUCGCGACUGGGCGCUGGACGAUGUCGUCUCUCAGAUCUCCUCGUUUCGGCCCUGUCCGCAAGGGUCAGGCAGUAUGACGCCGUUCCAUGACUCAAUACACAAUGUGCUGGAGCACUCGGAGAGCUCCAGUCGUGGCUCGGCCACAGAUCUCUGCGCUGGCUCACGCCAAGAUCUCAGUGCCAGCGGCAUAUCCACAGACACGGGCCGUGAGCACGCGAUGCAGUUGAGCAGCUUUAGUGGCAGUGGUGAGCACAAAGCGCCUUCGAUUAGCUCCGGUGUGUCGCAUGCUGUGGCCAAUGGCUUGGGCGGCUUUGUCUAUAAGCCGCAUCAGUCGAAGCGCUACUCCAACUCGUCCAUUUUUCUGGAGAAUCGUGAUAUUCUCAACGACUCGCCUAUGUGCGUGGGUGUGGGCACGCCGCUCGCCUACGAUUACAGCACACCACCAAAGAUCGAUUAUCGCCACUCGAGCAUAUUGGGCGAAGAGGACCAAACGGGGCUCAGCUGUUGUGCCACUGCUGCCGACUGUCGACUGGGCAGGGAGGUGGACGUGCGUCGCUACUCGGACACCAAGCUGGACAUGGAGCAGGAGGCGAUGCUGCGCUGCAAAAAUAUCGAUGGCAACGACACUGUGCUGGAUAUAGAGCUGCCAACCUCACCGCUGUCGCCGCCAGCUGCCUACGCCGGACACCAGCACCAACAGCAGCAGCAGCAGCAGCUGAUGCUUCGUCGCUCUUUUGACAAGGGCGUGGACGAAACGAAUAAGGGCAGUAGGUGCUCGAAUCGUUCAUCGAGGGAUGCGCAAAUGGAUCGUUCCCGUUUGUGUUUCAAGUCGUUGCCAAAUCUCAGCAGCAGCUGCGAAAGUCUCAUCAAAAAGUGAUUGUUCUUAUCUCUCUUAACAUGUUCAAAGUAUUUAGACAAACAGACAGACCCACAAAUUCACAUAUUUUCUUUGUUUAUAUCUAUUUGAUGACCUAACCCAUCCUUGGAGCCGUUCCUAAUUUAAUUUCGUAUCAUAAACAAAGCCCAUACACAAUUUUGAGACUGCAAACAUAACAUACAACAACAACAAAACAAACACACACACAUGUGGAAUACAAUGUAUGUACGUUUAGAACAAACAAGAAAAAUAUAGUUUCAUUUGGAAAGCAAAAGAAAAGAGAAGAGAAACAGUAUCUAUAUCUGGCUAAAGAGCUAUAUAGACGGAUAGGAACUGAACAAAUGAACAAACAUACAACUUAUAGAUAGUUAUACAAAUCGACUAAAUCGCUGCGAUUCGUGCAGAAACACAUUUUGGCCAUUUUCACAGCUAGCGCUGGAUUCCAGCCCCGUCCUUCCACUCCUGCUCUUUCCCAUUCUCCUCCUCCUGGUAAUUAAGCCAAAUUCAUUUUUUACGUGUAGCUCAUAUAUAUAUAUAUAUACUAUAUAAUGACAUGCAUGAAGCCGUAGACGUGAACUUGUGACAUUUUGUAUUUUGUUUCUUAACUUCUAAGUCAAAUGAAAAUUUUAAAAAUUGAUC